ACUCACAUUACAGCCAUCGUGGGGCAGAGGCCACGAAGCGUCGGCCACGACAAGCUGUCUACUGGCCUGGGAUCGACGCUGACAUUGUCAACACGGUUAAGGCCUGCGAACCAUGCCAGGUCAUGCAGCCCAGCCAACAGCAGGAACCACUCCUAUCAGACGACAAACCCACCAGGCCCUUUGAGUCAGUGUCAGCCGACUACUUCAGUGCAUCUGGGAAGCACUUCCUGGUUGUCGCUGACUGUCUCUCUGGUUGGCCCGUGGUGGUUUCCUGUGGCACAGACACGACAUCUGCUGCCACCAUACGUCAUUUCUGGCACCUCUUCAGGGACCUGGGAGUACCAGUACGCCUCCGCACAGAUGGAGGACCCCAGUUCACCAGUCGAGAGCUCACCGACUUCUUGGAGCGAUGGGGAAUACGCCACAUAAUGUCAACGCCUCACUAUCCACAGUCCAAUGCAGAGGCUGCCGUCAAGGCAGUGAAACACCUCAUCCUGAAAGUGGCUCCAUCUGGAAACAUCGACUGUGAGGCGUUUGACAGGGGACUGUUGGAGUUACGUAACACUCCCACCCACACAGGACGCUCCCCAGCCCAGACACUCUACAGCCACCCGCUUCGCUCGUGUCUCCCUGCCCACGCUAGCUCUUUUGCGAAGGUAUGGCAGGCCAGAGCAGAGAGCUGCGACCGUCGCGCCGCCAAACGUGCCCAGGACGUCGAAGCACGGUACAACGACCAUGCUCGCCCUCUUCCACCUCUCAAGAUUGGAUCCCUCGUCCGUAUCCAGAACGCUACUACGAAGCGAUGGGAUACAGUGGGUACUGUGAUGGGUGUCGGACGAUCGAGGGACUACCACGUGAGGAUGCCCAGUGGCCGAGUAUGGUGGAGGAACCGAUGCUUUCUCCAUCCUAUCCCAUCCCCAGCUCCAGACUCUCCAGCUGCACAAGAGCACCGCAAUGGUGAAGCACCUACAUCCCACCCGCCCAGUCCUCAUCACUCUGAACGACUCAAGGCUAAGAGAGACGCUCAAGAACUCUGACGCCUAUGAGCUUGAAG